AUGUCUUCCCAAAAAUGUAAUAUAAUUGAAAUAGAAAAUGAUACUAAUUCAAUUAAUUAUGAUGAAUAUCAUGAUGCUAAUAACAAAAAUAAUUCAGCUUUUGAUCUUCUUUUGAUAUCUGAUAAUAUCAGAAAUCAAAGUACAAGUAAAAAAGUUAGUAGAUUCCCUACAUCAGAAAAGAGAUGUUCACUUGCAGUUGAAGUUGCAGAGACCGCUAAAUAUUUUUGA